AUGACACCCACUUCGUGUUCCACCUGGAACAGCCUCCCCUUUCCAGAAGGCUACGCCGCCUCAGUCCACUUCGCCUGGCCCUCAUCUCCUUACAUCCCCCUCGGCAUCUUGACAAACCAAAAGCCCUCCGCGAUCUUCCGUCUCCGUCCUCAUCUGCCGGCCGGUAUCACCCCUGGAUCAGGCGCGGCCGGACCCGCAAAUCUAGGCAUCGAGAUUGCUCCACUGGCGCAAAUUGAAGGGCUAGGUAUUGGCGCGGCGAGCACGAGCGAAGGGGCCGGAAAGGAAGUGGCGGCAAAGGUGGAUGUGGGGAAGGUGGCUGAAAAGGUGGUGAAGAAUCUGUUUAACUAUCUGCACUCGUUUGGCGGCGAGGUCAAGUUGACACCAGAGACGCCCAUCCCUCUCUCGGUCUUCCAGCAGUGGUACGACAACUUCACCCGCAAGAUCGAGAAUGACCGCGGUGCCUCUUUCUUGGACCGACAAGACUAG